UUGACAAACAACAACCAAAUCGGUUUAUAAUUGUUGUUUUUCCAUGUAAUUAACGUUACAGUGACAUGAGGUUUGUAAUUUAACUGCCAGUUGGUGACACAGAGAGGGGAUACAAUCAUGCAUGGGCGAAUUCAUCGAGCCGUUCUGUUGAAUGUAGUCCAGAUAUGUCACGGUGAGUUAAUGAGGCACCAUACUGGUGAAGGGAGUUGGCGAGAUCAAACUUCACUCCCAUCAGCUGUGUGCGCGUGCGCGCGUAUCUGCGUGCGUGUAGUUGGAUCUCUGUGCAAAUGAGAAAAGUCCUUCCCAGUUCAGACUACAGUUGCGAGCCCUGCAGUUUAAACUGUAGGUGGAAAGUGGAAAGCAUGAAAAGUGGGAGCCUGCAUGCAGCUCAGAGGACGACUGAGAAGAAGGUACGCACGCAGCAGCUGAACCCUGAGGGUCUUCCAUAGGGAACCAUGUGCAGCUUCCCGAGUCCUAAACAUCCAAGUAGCCCUGGCCUGACAGACAUGCAGCAGUACCACCAGUGGCUGGCUAGUCGACACGAAGCCAACCUGUUGCCCAUGAAGGAAGACCUUGCCCUGUGGCUCACUAAUAUGCUUGGCCUGGAAAUCACCGCUGAGAGCUUCAUGGAACGCUUAGACAACGGCUUCCUCCUGUGCCAGCUGGCUGAGACUUUGCAGGAGAAGUUCAGGGAAAGUAAUGGAGACAUGCCUCUCAACAACAGAAAGGUUCUUCCCUAUCGAAGGAUUCCAUGCCGACGGAGUGCGCCCUCUGGGUCUUUCUUUGCACGGGACAACACAGCCAACUUCCUGUCCUGGUGUCGUGAGGUUGGAGUUGGAGAAACGUGUUUAUUUGAGUCUGAAGGUUUAGUUCUUCACAAGCAACCACGAGAAGUUUGUCUCUGCCUGUUACAGUUGGGACGGAUAGCAACCAGGUACAACGUGGAGCCUCCUGGCCUUAUAAAACUGGAAAAAGAGAUAGAACAGGAAGAAAAAGCACCUCUACCACCUCCGUCGCCUGCAUCCCCAGCUCAGCAUCUCCCUCCAUCUCCCUCGUGGUCUCCUUCUCCAUCUCCUUCCCCGUCCCCCACCCCUCCCAAAGUCACUCAGUCGAUCAAGAAGAGCACAGGGAAGCUUCUUGAUGACGCUGUCAGACAUAUCGCUGACGACCCCCCCUGCAGGUGUCCAAAUAAAUUCCAUGUGGAGAGACAUUCACAGGGUCGAUAUCGUGUGGGGGAGAAAAUGCUUUUUAUACGUAUGCUGCACAACAAGCACGUGAUGGUUCGCGUGGGUGGAGGAUGGGAGACUUUUGAGAGCUACCUGCUCAAGCAUGACCCCUGUCGUAUGCUUCAAAUCUCCCGUGUGGAGGGGAAGACGUCCCCUGUCAACGGCAAGGGCUUCAACAUCAAGGACCUGACACCCGACAGUUACCUGGUGGUGGCGGCUAAUUACCGUAGCAAAAAGUCAACACAGGAGACUGCCCCAUGAUGCAGGAGGUAUAGCUGUGUGACACGUCGGCACAUUUGAAGCUCAUCACUGCAAUAUAAUGACUCAACUGGCUACACGUGAACGUGAAGGUGUUUUGUUUUUUUUUAAAUUCAUAAUAUUGUGACCAAUUUUGUUCCUAUAUCUUUUGCACACUAUUUUCUGGUGGUCAGUAUUUUAGUAACUAUAUGCCUACUUUAAGAUUUUAUUCUAAAAUUGUAACUUAAUUAUACAUUUUUUUACAGGUAAGGAGAGUGCUUGAUGUUUGUGGACGUAAAGCAAAAAGAACCAAAGACUAAAAUUAAGAAAUGGAAGCGUUGUUGAAUAACUUUAGUCGCAGUACGGUUUGUUGUUAUUAGUUAUUUCUUAUUUUAUGGUAAUGGUAAUGGUUUUAUUUCAUUUGGAAUUUCAGUGACUUUUAAGUACAUACCAUUGUAGCAGUGGAGCCAAAGUUUCCAACAAAAAACAUACUGUUCAAACAGUUCAAUAGUCAAUAUUUUUGACUACAAUUAUGUGAUUUGACUGAUAAAAAAAAAUCUGCACAUUCCCAUUGAACAAUGUUUAUUACACCUGCUUGCUAGGUGAAAUAUUUUCAUGACCAUUUUGGAAUGAAUAACUUUCUUUAUUGUGAUUGUAAUGGUAAUGGUUUUAUUUCAUUUGAACAUGCAUCAGAUUACAAUUGAAUGCAUCACAUAAUCAGUUCACAGUUCCACAUGUCCAAAAGGAGUAGGAAGAAGCAAAGCUUAUUAAAUCCUACCCCUCCAUCUGGUACUUUUACAAUCAGUAACUGUUACAUUUGUUCACUUCCUGCUUUCCAUAAUACAGUUUAAGGUUUUUUUUUUGUUUUGUUUUUUAAUAAUGCACCUUGUAUCGAAGUAGGAGGUGAUCUGACCAUCCAAUGACAUAAUGUGUACCAUAGUAAGUGUCAAUAUAGUGAUAUAUAUAGCACAUCAUGACUGGUUCAAGACUCUUCAUCCUUGUGUUUAGCAAACAUCAACUGCUUGUAUUGUUUCUUGAAUUGGCUCAUCGUUGUGCAUUGUUUGAGGUCCUUUACAUACUGUACGUGUCAUAAAAGUGUAACUGAACUGUUUAAAUGCAACAUACCACAUUGAAUCUGAAUGUAAUAUGGAGUCAAGUUUUCUUUAUGGGGUUCAUUUGUUUUACUUUGCUGCCCUCUAAAGGCGAACUGGCAAAACGUUCUCAUUCUUUGUGUUGCUUUGUCAAUAAUUCCCUAAAGAAAACACAGGUAUGAGGGCUGCAUCUGCAAACACAAAACUCACAAAAUCCAGUCAUACCAGAAAUGUGAUUUAUUGUAGCAAAUAACAUUGGCAUGAUUAUCUUUGCAACCAAAGCACUUACAGAUCAAGUACACUUAGCUUAGUCAAGGUUAAAUAAUUUAUUA